AAAAAGAAAAGCUUGCAAUAUUUAUUCUUUUUGUCUAUUUACUGAGUUGAUCUAAAAUAAUGUUUUCCUUUACCAGGUCUGCAAUGAACAUGGAUUUGACAAACUAUGCCCGGACCCAACUGGCUGGAUAGACCUCGAACAAUGUGUUGGAUCAGGAGGAUUUGGAGUAAUCCAUAAGGCAUGGCAUUUUAAGGAAAAGAAAGAAGUGGCCAUAAAAGUGAUAAAAGACCUUAGGGAUAAUGAAGAGAUCCUUGCUGAACUGUACGUACUUGAACGCGUUUCUGGCCACGACAACUUCCCUGCCUUUUAUGGAGCCUUUUAUCUACGGCCCAGCAUUUCAAAUGAAGAGGCGCUAUGGAUUGCUAUGACAAUGUGUGCUGGUGGCUCCGUAGACGCCUUAAUUAGGAGCACGCCCAAUAGAUCCUUGGAUGAGACCUGGAUUUCAUACAUAUGCAAGAAAGUUUUACAGGGCCUGGAUUACUUACAGGAACUGAACGUGAUACAUCAUGAUCUCAAGGGCGCCAAUAUAAUGUUAACUUCUACGGCCCGUGUGAAGAUAAUUGAUUUUGGCCUUGCCACAAUAGGGCCCAUCAGUACAAGUAAUGCAGGAACCCGCUGUUGGAUGGCACCUGAAGUCCAUGCAUGUUUUACAAGAAGUGUACAUUAUAACUACAAGGUGGAUGUGUGGUCUUUAGGAAUCACAGCCAUAGAAAUGGCAGAAUACAAUCCUCGUAAGUAAUCUUAAAUAACAUUUUGCGUGCGUUUAUGUUCAUUUAUGGAGGAGUGUUUUUAGGAAGGUCAGGGGGUAUCACCUAUACUAUAACAAUGAAACAUGUAAAUCGGCCAUGAAUCAGAGAAUCUUUUCUGUGCUUUUAUUAUAAUGGUGUCUUCUGUAAUUUGCAUUAGUUACUUUUCUUUUUAGUGAUACACUGGAAAGCAAGAUAUAACUUCUUGUUUCAGAGACAGGAGCAAUCAGAUAAAAGAUAUAGACUGUGACUUUCCUGUAUCCCCUUAGGCUAAUGGCAAAUAAUGUGUUUUCUCUGCUGCUGAGAAAAUGCAGAUACAGCCAUAUACUGCCCUAUAUGU